CAGUUCUCCGCUCAGUCCCGAGGAGUUUCAUCCGGCAAGAAGCGCGCUCCCGACGCCGCGCCGCCGGGGACAGUCGGACAAAGGCACGAGAGAAAGAGAGAGAGAGAGCCCUCUUGUUUACCUCGCGAGCAAAAGGAUCGUCGUCGCCGAUUGUGCAAUCGCGAUUGUCCCGUGAGCAAGUGGUAUCGCACCCCCCCCGCCCCCCCAUCUCUCUCUCUCUCUUUUUCUUCCUGGUCUCGCGAGCUCCAGGCUUCAGUUUCGCGUGCGCGAGUGUGAACCACGAGCGUGUACGUCGGGGAAGGCACAGAGUGAAUGAAUGUUCCUCUUGUACUCGUGGCCGACUUGGACCCUGCCGGCUAUGCGCAACGCUACGUGGGAGGACCGCUGGCGACUCGGCGGUGCGUCCUCUGAGAAGACAGGAGGCACCACGUUUCCCGAGUUCUCGCGAGCGUGACUCGCGCGCGAACAGUCGGGAGUCAAUCGGGAGGUCGCGCGGUGGCCGAGCGUCGAGGAAGCCGGGAGACAAAGGAAACGAGGGUGGAAGGAGCGCGGGCUCAAAAUCGUCGGGUUCAGUGGGAUAUCGUCCGAGACACGAUUCACACGCUCGGCUGGUCGGGCGAGAAAAAGCGGGAAACGAGGCGAGGAUGUUCAGCUCGUUGAGGCUGGCGACGAUGCGCUCGCACAAGAGCCGCGCCAGGCCGGGCAGCGUCGCCACGUCCGCGAGUUCGGACUCGGCCAGAGCGGAAGAGAGCGUCCCGGCGCAGCAGUACCAUCCGCACAGCUUCCUGCUGCUGGACGAGCAAGAGGCGAGCGCGAUCGGCUCGCCGCCCUCGAGCGUCUCGUCGAAGGUCGCGCAAGUGCGAGUGGAGCGCGAGGCCGGCAGCCUCGGAGUGACCCUCCGUGGCGGAGUGUCGCGGGCCCUGGUGGUGACCGGGGUGAAGGCUGAUGGCCCGGCCGCAAAGGAGGGCAGGGUACGGCCCGGCGAUCGCUUGCUCGCGGUCGACGACACCGAGCUGCGGGGACUCACCUUGGCGGAGGCGCAGAGAGCGCUCCGGAGAAGCUCCGACGCACCUGUCGCGUCGCUCACCAUCGAGUACGACGUGGCGAACAUGGAGGAGGCGCGCGCCGCCACUUCCGGGCCGCUGCUUGUGCAACUGGAACGCGGUCUCUCAGGUGAGCUGGGGUUAACCGUGAGAGAGACCCCGAGCGGCGUCUACAUCGAGAGCCUGCGCCCGGCGAGCACCGCCGACCGCUGCGGCGCCCUGCAGUCCGGCGACCGUCUGCUGGCGGUGGACGACACGCCUGUCCAAGACGCGGUGACCGCCGCCAAGCUGCUGCGCAACAGCGCCGAGAGCUGUCGCAUCGCCCGGCUGCAGAUACUGCCGCGGCCGCCGUCCGCCAGGACGGUGAAGAGGCGGGCGCAGCCGCAGGCGCAGCAAAACCCGAGCCAGACGCUGCAGAUGAAGGAGAGCCUGACGGUGGUGCUGCGACCGGAUCACCGGGGCUUCGGCCUGGCGCUCAAGCCGGCGGAGGAUCGUGUCAACUAUGUGGUGAGUCUGCUGGAAGCGGGCGGCCCGGCCGAGCGCAGCGGCGUCCUCCUGCCCGGCGACAAGGCCAUCGCGAUCAAUCGCAGGAUGCUGCGCGACCUGCAGCCGACCGAAGUGGCCAACAUACUGGAGACCUCGCAGAUGGUCGAGCUGGUGAUAGAGUACAAAGUGGGUGGACCGGUGGUGCCGAGCUCCGGGGUGUUUACCGUGAGAGUGGCGAGGCCGCUCGGCGGCCAGCCUGAUCUAGGUCUCACGGUGAACGAGGACCUGGUGAUCACGGAGGUCCGUCGAGGCUCGCUCGCUUACAGAACAGGUAGCUUGGCACCUGGCGACAGGUUACUCGCGAUCGACGGGCAAAAACUGGACCCCGGUGACCUGCGCCAAGCCGCUCAAUUGUUGCACCGACCCGGCAGCUCGGUCGUCGCAUUGACCGUUAGGAAGCCGGAUCCUAAUCCAGAAACAAGGGAGUCCAGUGUAGGGAGCGACACGGUUCAGCCGCAAUUCUCCAGCGGUGCAUUGCGUUCGGCCAGAGAGAGUCUACCCAGCGUGGACAGCGCGGUGGACUCCUGGGGCGAAUUGGGAGAGGGCAGCGGCACCGUGCCGGAAAUAUUGAGACUCUGGGACACCGCCUCCGUCGACAGCGGGCAGCUGGAUCUGUCGAUGCCUUCUUAUCCGGGACCGCAAGAACGCAACGGUUCCGACAACAGGGCUCAGCAGAUAGUGCACGUGUCGUUACACAAGGACCCGGUCUACGAGGACUUCGGCUUCUCAGUGUCGGACGGUUUGUACGAGCGUGGUGUUUACAUAAACCGAUUGCGGCCCGGCGGACCCUGCGACGGCGUUCUGCGGCCGUACGACAGGAUCCUGCGCGUCAACGAAGCCAGCACGGAGGACUGCGACUGCUGCCUGGCGGUGCCGUUGAUCGCAGCGGCCGGGCCGCGUCUCGACCUGACGGUAGCGAGGCCCCUGUCGCCGCAGAACAUCGUCAAGACUUUGUAGGCACCGGCGAGAGCGCGACUCGGCCCCGUCUCCGUUCCGAGAACGAAAACGCCUCGUCGUUACUCGAACAGCGGUAUUCAUAGAGUCCGAUCUUAUGUUUAAUAUAAUAUUAAUAAUAAUAAUAAUAAUCUUUGUUUACGGGGAGACCCUUUAGUGUACAUGAGUUACCGAAAAAUCAUAGAUGAAGGAAACAAACUCGAUAAAAUUUUACACAUUAGGGUUGUGAAGAUAGGGAACGUGCGGCUAUCAAUAAAUAUACAACAGAUACAUUAUUUAUAUAUAUAUAUAUAUAUAUAUAUAUAUAUAUAUAGGU